AUGAGGUACACCCUGCUCUGUCUUCUCGCCUGCGUGUUCGCACAGGCAUUAGCAUUCCCCUACCAGCAGCAUCAUUAUUAUCAGCCCCAUCACUUGGAACACUUUGCCGGCAAGGCCAGGCUCGAGGCUGACGUCCACUUUGAAGGCUGCUACGAGGAGACCUGCUAUAAGAAUGAGCAUCGUGGCUACGACUGUCACGAUGGAUACUGCGGUCGGGUGUGCGACUUCGACCACUGUUGGCAGCCCGAAUACAAGGCCUUCAAAGGCAAAGCCAGGAUCGAAGGUGAAAUAAUAUUCAAGGGUUGCUACGAGGAGAAUUGUCACAAGGGUAACUAUUACGGCUAUGACUGCCAUGAUGGCUACUGUGGCCGCAUCUGUGACUUUGACCACUGCUGGCAACCCCAAUACAAGGACGCCUUCAAAGGCAAAGCCAGAAUUGAGGCCGAAGUAAUCUUCGAUGGCUGCUACGAGGAGUCUUGCCACAAGGAUCAUUAUUACGGCUACGACUGCCAUGAUGGCUACUGCGGCCGCAUUUGCGACUUCGACCACUGCUGGGAACCCGACUACAAGGCCUUCAAAGGCAAAGCCAGGAUUGAGACCGAAGUAAUCUUCGACGGUUGCUAUGAGGACUCCUGUCAUAAGGGAGACUACUACGGUUAUGACUGUCAUGAUGGAUAUUGCGGCAAGAUCUGCGACACUCUACACUGUUGGCAACCCCAAUACAAGGCCGCCUUUAAAGGCAAAGCCAGGAUUGAGGCCGAAGUAAUCUUCGACGGUUGCUACGAGGAGUCUUGUCACAAGGAUCAUUAUUACGGCUACGACUGCCAUGAUGGCUACUGCAGCCGCAUUUGUGACUUCGAUCACUGCUGGGAACCCGAGUACAAAGUCGUCAAAGGAAAGGCAAGAAUUGAAGCCGAUGUGAUAUUCGAUGGCUGCUACGAAGACUCAUGUCAUAAGGAUGACUACUAUGGUUACGACUGUCAUGAUGGAUACUGCGGCAAGGUCUGUGAUCUUCAUCAUUGUUGGCAUCCCAAGUACAAAGCCUUCAGUGGCAAAGUGAGGGUAGAGGCUGAUGUGGUGUUCGAAGGUUGCUAUGAUGAUACUUGCUAUAACGACCAGUAUUACGGUCAGGACUGCCACAACGGCUACUGUGGCCGUAUUUGUGACAUCGAUCACUGCUGGGAAUCCAAGUACAAGACCUUCAGAGGCAAGGCCAGAAUUGAGGCCGAUGUAGUCUUCGAGGGAUGCUAUGAG